AAGAUUAAUAAAUGCUUACAUGCGGCUAGUAAUAGUAAGGUACUAGCGGAACAAAUUAAGCUGCUAUCAUGGAGUUUUUAUGUCGUUUGACGGCGGCCCUCGGUGCCUUCCUGUUUCUUGUGCCGAACGCAUCAAGUACUGGCACCGGAGAUACUCCAAGCAACAAGUUUCGGGAUCCGGAAAUGAUACAGGAUAAGCAUCACCUAAAGGAACACGUCCAAGAGCUGACUGAAGAACAGAUCAACCAGAUGUCACCUGAAGAAGUAGAGUUCCACUUCUUCAAAUCUCACGACGGUGACAAGAACCUGAAGUUGGACGGUCUGGAGAUCAUGGCCGCCAUCGAGCAUCAAUCCGAGUAUAACUACCCUCCUGACUAUGACGAGAGGAUGGAGUACUAUACAGGUAUGGUGGACAAGAUCCUAGCGGACGAUGACUCCGAUGAUGACGGCAUGAUCAGCUGGAUUGAAUACGUCAUCGCCAGGAGAAGGCGCGAAGUCGAGGCUGAAGCUGCACGGAAACAAAGAGAGGCGGAAAGGAAACAAAAAGAACAACAGGGAAAUUAAAUUUACCAGUGCUACUAAUUAGAUGUAGAAAAAGUAGAAGAAGUUGAUAAAAUUGGAUACAUGGAACGUGCAGCCAAUGCUUACAAUCGUUAAUAACCAGACAUACAUCUGAAGGCACCUAUUUGUAAAAUAAUUGAGGGAUCCGGAUAGCGAUAUAUAACGUUAUACAUGUACGCUCGUAAACAUACGUGUGACAGGUCAUCCCAUGCUCACCGUUAUAUAAAGUACAACUUGAAAGGAAUUCGAAGAAACUGUGUAUAAGACCUAAAGACCCGCCUUGAACGCUGAAAAGGAAGAGUUAAGGGGGCUAAGCAUCUGAGCGAAAAUAACACCGUAAUUUCACGGUUAAGUGCUCUAUGUCGAUAGCGCUAGUUAUAGCGAUAGCGAAGGUCUUUUUCAAAGGAUUUGUCAUUUGAUGAUGAUCACCUAGUGUGAAAUACAAUAAUUAUACUCCCUUUUAUCUGUAUACAACAUUUACGUACCCUGCCUUGAAGUCUUAUCAUACCGAUGCCAUGAUAAUACUUAUACAUGUAGGUGUGUGUACUUUCAAUGAAGUGGUUUAUAUAGCAUAUGCAUGUAUCUACCCUAACCAUAAGGUAAGAUGAACUAGUAUAACCGCUGAAUAUACAAUGUCCACUUGGUAUCAAGAAGUAAACUAUGUAUUAUCUUACAAAACGCAAUAAAACUUUUCCUUGAUAAACUUG